AUGGAGGACCACGAUCCAAAGGAACCAGAGCAGUUGAGAAAAGUCUUUAUUGGUGGUUUGAGCUUUGAAACUACAGAUGAUAGUUUAAGAGAACAUUCUGAGAAAUGGGGCACACUCACAGAUUGUGUGGUGAUGAGAGACCCCCAAACAAAACAUUCCUGUGGCUUUGGUUUUGUCACUUACUCUUGUGUUGAGGAUGCAGCCAUGUGUGCUCAACCACACAAGGUUGAUGGGUGUGUAGUGGAACCAAAGAGAACUGUUUCUAGACAGGAUUCUGUAAAGCCUGGUGCCCAUCAAACAGUGAAGAAAAAUUUUCUUGGUGGUAUUACAGAAGAUACAGAAGAGUAUAAUUUGAGAGACUACUUUGAAAAGUAUGGCAAGAUUGAAACCAUAGAAGUUAUGGAAGAUAGGCAGAGUGGGAAAAAAAGAGGAUUUGCUUUUGUAACUUUUGAUGAUCAUGAUACAGUUGAUAAAAUCCAGGGCAAGAAAUACCACACUAUUAAUGGGCAUAAUUGUGAAGUGGAAAGGCCCUUUCUAUUCACAAAUCAAGAAAUGCACUCUGCUGGGUUGCAAAGAGGCUGUGGAGGUAGAUCUGGAAACUUUAUGGGUAGUGGAGGAAACUUUGGAGGUGGUGGAGGUAACUUUGGCCGUGGUGGAAGAGGAGGCUAUGGUGGAGGUGGCAGCAGAGGUAGUUAUGGAGGAGGUGAUGGUGGAUAUAAUGGGUUUGGAGGUGAUGGUGGCAACUAUGGCAGUGGACCUGGUUAUAGUAGUAGAGGAGGCUAUGGUGGUGGUGAACCAGGAUAUGAAAACCAAGGUGGUGGAUAUUGUGGUGGUGGUGGUGGAUAUGAUGGUUAUAAUGAAGGGGGAGAUUUUGGUGGUAACUACGGUGGUUGUGAUGGGAACUAUAAUGAUUUUGGAAAUUAUAGUGGACAACAGCAGUCAAAUUAUGGACCCAUGAAGGGAGGGGGCAGUUUUGGUGGAAGAAACUCUGGCAGCCUCUAUCGUGGUGGUUAUGGAUCUGGUGGUGGAAGUGGUGGAUAUGGUAGCAGAAGGUGCUGA